AUGAAGAGUGGACUGGUGUUAUUAGUCUUGGCCGCUGUCGUUGCCUCCGCAACAGCUGGUAAACUUCUUGGAAUUAAUUUAGGUGUUGAUGCUGAUAUAGCUCUUGGUGUUGGUACUGGAGUCCAAGACACAAAAAGUAGUGUAUUAGGUAUCGAUAUCAAUUUGGGAUCUAAAAAAUCUGUCAACGCAAAUGACUACAAAAAUAUUGGUGUUGGCGGUGGAUCUAAUCUGGGCAACAAUAAAAAAGGUGGUUUGUUAGACCUUGGUGUUAAUGUUGGACCAUCUGUCAACGUUGGUACCGGAAAAACAGCCAUCUAUACAGAAAGUACACACAAGCGCGGUCAUACAGGACUUUUGGAUCUUGGGGUCAACUUAGGAUUAGACAAAUCCAUAAACACCAAUGUUGACAAAACCAUUGGUAUUGGCGGUGGAUCUAAUCUGGGUCACAAUAAAAAAGGUGGUUUGUUAGACCUUGGUGUUAAUGUUGGACCAUCUGUCAACGUUGGUACCGGAAAAACAGCCAUCUAUACAGAAAGUACACACAAGCGCGGUCAUACAGGACUUUUGGAUCUUGGGGUCAACUUAGGAUUAGACAAAUCCAUAAACACCAAUGUUGACAAAACCAUUGGUAUUGGCGGUGGAUCUAAUCUGGGUCACAAUAAAAAAGGUGGUUUGUUAGACCUUGGUGUUAAUGUUGGACCAUCUGUCAACGUUGGUACCGGAAAAACAGCCAUCUAUACAGAAAGUACACACAAGCGCGGUCAUACAGGACUUUUGGAUCUUGGGGUCAACUUAGGAUUAGACAAAUCCAUAAACACCAAUGUUGACAAAACCAUUGGUAUUGGCGGUGGAUCUAAUCUGGGUCACAAUAAAAAAGGUGGUUUGUUAGACCUUGGUGUUAAUGUUGGACCAUCUGUCAACGUUGGUACCGGAAAAACAGCCAUCUAUACAGAAAGUACACACAAGCGCGGUCAUACAGGACUUUUGGAUCUUGGGGUCAACUUAGGAUUAGACAAAUCCAUAAACACCAAUGUUGACAAAACCAUUGGUAUUGGCGGUGGAUCUAAUCUGGGUCACAAUAAAAAAGGUGGUUUGUUAGACCUUGGUGUUAAUGUUGGACCAUCUGUCAACGUUGGUACCGGAAAAACAGCCAUCUAUACAGAAAGUACACACAAGCGCGGUCAUACAGGACUUUUGGAUCUUGGGGUCAACUUAGGAUUAGACAAAUCCAUAAACACCAAUGUUGACAAAACCAUUGGUAUUGGCGGUGGAUCUAAUCUGGGUCACAAUAAAAAAGGUGGUUUGUUAGACCUUGGUGUUAAUGUUGGACCAUCUGUCAACGUUGGUACCGGAAAAACAGCCAUCUAUACAGAAAGUACACACAAGCGCGGUCAUACAGGACUUUUGGAUCUUGGGGUCAACUUAGGAUUAGACAAAUCCAUAAACACCAAUGUUGACAAAACCAUUGGUAUUGGCGGUGGAUCUAAUCUGGGUCACAAUAAAAAAGGUGGUUUGUUAGACCUUGGUGUUAAUGUUGGACCAUCUGUCAACGUUGGUACCGGAAAAACAGCCAUCUAUACAGAAAGUACACACAAGCGCGGUCAUACAGGACUUUUGGAUCUUGGGGUCAACUUAGGAUUAGACAAAUCCAUAAACACCAAUGUUGACAAAACCAUUGGUAUUGGCGGUGGAUCUAAUCUGGGUCACAAUAAAAAAGGUGGUUUGUUAGACCUUGGUGUUAAUGUUGGACCAUCUGUCAACGUUGGUACCGGAAAAACAGCCAUCUAUACAGAAAGUACACACAAGCGCGGUCAUACAGGACUUUUAGAUUUUGCUGUCAACUUAGGAUCAGUCAAAUCUAUUGACUUGGAUUCCAAAAAAAAUGUUGGUUUUGCAGGUGUAAAAAUUCCAAGUCACUGCGGUAAAGAUGGUUUACAAAGCGUUGGAGUUAAUAUAGAUUUAGACGCUCAG